GAGAGAGUGACAUUCAAGGAUGUGGCUGUGGACUUCACCCAGGAGGAGUGGAGCCUCUUGGACCAUCCUCAGAAGGCGUACAAGGGGGUCAUGCUGGAGAAUGCCUGGAACCUACUAUCCCUGGGGCUUCCAGUUCCCAGAGAAGAUGUGGUCUCUUAUUUUGAGCAAAAGGAAGCACCAUGGAUGCUGGAGCAAGAAGGCCUGAGGAGCUGCUGUCUAGAAGGAGACAUGAGACUGGAAGUGAAGGAGACUAUGGCAGAGCUAAGUCUUUCUGUGGAAGAAAUUCAGGAGCAAAGAUCCAUGGAUGAUGGUCCCUGUGACAUCACUUGGGGAGAAUUCUGUGCUCUACAUCAGAGAAUCCACACUGGAGAGAAACCUUAUGAAUGUAAUCAGUGUGGAAAGGCUUUCACGAACAGGGCAAGUCUGGCUCAACAUCAGAAAAUCCACACUGGAGAGAAGUUGUAUGACUAUAAUAUGUGUGGAAAGGGUUUUACACCGAGGUCCUGUCUUAAAAUACAUCAGAUAAUCCACACUGGAGACAAAUCUUAUAAAUGUGAUCAAAGUGGAAAGGCUUUUACCCAGAGGUCUUAUCUCAGUGUACAUCAGAAAAUCCACACUGAUGAGAAAUCUUAUGAAUGUAAUCAGUGUGGAAAGACUUUCCGAGGCAGCUCCAGUCUUGCUCGACAUCAAAGAAUUCACACUGGAGAAAAACCUUAUGAAUGUAAUCAGUGUGGAAAAUCUUUCUUACUGAGGGCUCAUCUUGCUAAACAUCAGAGAAUCCAUACUGAAGAGAAACCUUAUGAAUGUAAUCAAUGUGGAAAGACUUUCAGAGGUGGCUCCAGUCUUGCUGAACAUCAGAGAAUCCACAUGGGAGAAAAACCUUAUGAAUGUAAUCAGUGUGGAAAAUCAUUCCCACUGAAGGCUAAUCUUACUUUACAUAAAAGAAUCCACACUUGUGAGAAACCUUAUGAAUGUAAUCAAUGUGGAAAGGCUUUUAGAGACAAUUCCACUCUUGCUAGACAUCAGAGAAGCCAUACUGGAGAGAAGUCUUAUGAAUGUAAUCGAUGUGGAAAGGCUUUUGCACUGAGAGACUCUCUUAGAGUACAUCAGAAAAUCCAUACUGGAGAGAAACCUUAUGAAUGUAAUCAAUGUGGAAAGGCUUUUACAGUCAGGGGCCUAAGGAACCCUUGAGGACAUUGCCAUUUCCUUCAGCACAGAGUUUCUAGGGCAUCACUCCCUUUUCUAGUGGAGGAGGUGUUACAGUGCCCC